GCAUGGAUUGCGAGAGCCAACCAUGUGCCCUUAGACACUUGUUUACAAGCUGCUGACCUGUUCCUAGAGCAAGUUGCCGCGCUGGAGAAAAACUUGAAUAUCGACCAGUUCGGCAAGUGCCUGCUCCAUUGCACUGGAAUGGAUUCUCUGGACGAGCUGCCACAGAAUCUGCUGCGCCAUGCCUUCGCUGUCGCAGACAAGGAUAAGAAUGGUUCUAUCUCCUUCCCGGAGUUCGUGACCUGGUUUUCCACGGUAGGAUUCAACACCAACGUCACCUUAUCGGCCAAAGAGCGAUCCUUUCGCGAGUUUUGCGCUGAGAAUGCGCUUAGUCUGGUCGACAUGGACAGGUAUAAGAAGUACUUCGCUGAAUAUGACAUGGACGAGAGCGGCGAGAUUGACCAGGAAGAGUUUGAGGCAUUGAUCAGGAGAUGCGCGCGGGUACCGCGGCACCUGGAGAUUCCAGCCACGCGAAUGAAGCAGUUCUGGGCUCAGGCUGAUUGUGACCAGAGUGGCUCCAUAGACUUU